AGCGCUCACGUAGUCUAUAGGUUUUCAUCGAAAGCUUCUGAGAUCAAGCUUUCUAAAUAAUCCAAAUUAAAAUGAAAACGCGUUACGCGCGGAGGACAUGGAGGCGCAGGUUAGCGUGACUGAUAUACACGGUGGACAGAUCAACUGCGAGUUAAUAAAUGUUAAAUAUGCGCGUGAAAAUUUUCGUGCUCUGACGGGAUGUUAACGAGAGCCCAGGCUCUAACACGGAUGUUGAAGUCAAUAAGCUAAAUAAAUUCGCAAACAAUGCAGUUACAGAUUACGCUGGGCAGUCCGUUUGAUGACGAGACCGCUUUGUCCUGGUCGAGGAAAGAGAGACAGAAAUGGUUCCUGUCAUUGCUGUGUGGUACAUGUCUGAUAUAUGCUACACGUACAUCUGUCCCUCUAUUGAUACCUGUUAUUAGUCAAGAGAAGAAUUGGUCAAAGUCGGACUCAGGCAUAAUACUGGCAAGUUUUUUCUGGGGAUAUACAUUGACACAAUUAGCUAGUGGUUACAUUAGCGACAAAAUCGGUGGGCAGAGAGUAAUAUGGAUAUCUGCUCUUGGUUGGUCAGCAACAACCUUCCUCAUGCCAGAAGUUAUACAAUUCUUUUCUGGAGACGGGACAUCUGUUUUGCUUGUUGCAGUAGUGAGAGUGAUAAACGGAGCAUUCCAAGGAAUGCAUUUUCCUAGCAUGAUUAGCUUGAUCAGUCAACGCUUGCACAAGGCAGAAAGAGCCUCUUUCUUUAGCUUAUUAACAUCAGGAUCUGCUUUGGGCACUUUACUCACUGGAUCUUUAGGCUCAUAUCUUUUGGAAAAUUAUAACUGGAUCACUGUCUUUCGAGCGUUAGGGAGCAUGAGUUUGGCAUGGACAGCUUUAUUAAGCUACCACAGCUUGUCUUUAAAAAAAAAAACAGUUUCUACCAAAUCCACCUCUGGCUACAGACUACCUGUGUUUAAACUUCUAUCACAACCUCCUUUCUGGUCCUGUGUUAUUGGACAUGCUUGCCAAAAUAACUGUUUUUUUGUACUACUUUCGUGGAUGCCUACAUAUUUCCAUGAUAAUUUUCCUGGAGCCAAGGGCUGGAUUGUAAACAUGGUGCCAUGGCUAUCGAUAUUACCUUGUACAUUCUUGGGGAAAGCUUUGUCAGAGAUAAUUAGAACUAAUUUUUCUGUUACUGUAACACGCAAAACAAUUCAAACGAUUUGUUUUGUCAUUCAAAUUGGAAGUCUGAUAUUUUUGACAAAAGUGGAAUAUUUUGAAACUGCCAUACUUUGUCUCGCGUUGAUUAUCGGUGGCUCAGGUUUCCACAAUAACGCUAUUGCUGUUAAUCCUUCGGAUCUUGCACCAAAACAUUCCGGCAGCGUAUUCGGUCUGAUGAAUACUGUUGGCGCGGUACCUGGUUUUCUUGGUGUAUAUUUUUCUGGACACAUUCUACAUAUGACACAUAGUUGGUCCGCUGUCUUUUUACUUAUAGCUGUUAUUGAUGUAGUAGGAUGUAUAAUGUUUUUAUUGUUUGGCUCCGGCGAAGCAAUCAUAUAA